GUUCGGUAGAAAUAUCGCGAGAGUUUCGCGUGACUUUAGAGUCUCGCGUGACUUUAGAGACACGUGUACAGGGAAGCAGGAAGUAAAUAAGCCGCCCUUUGGUCGCUUGGUGUCUGCAUUGGCAGUGUCAGGUGAAGCAGCAGCAGCAUGCUUGCAGACUGCAGUCCAGUGGUGCAGGCUCUGCUGGGGACUCUCCUCACCUGGGGACUCACAGCUGCAGGAGCUGCUCUUGUCUUCAUCUUCUCUAGCACACAGAAGAAGAUCUUGGAUGGAAGUCUGGGCUUUGCAGCAGGGGUGAUGUUGGCGGCCUCAUACUGGUCCCUACUGGCCCCUGCUAUUGAAAUGGCAGAAGAAUCUGGGAAAUAUGGGUCGUUUGCAUUCUUCCCUGUUGCUAUUGGCUUUUUCCUAGGAGCAGCAUUUGUUUAUUUUGCAGAUCUAAUGAUACCAUUUCUGGGAGUUGAGACGGACCCACAUUUGGCUUUGACCCUGUCUUCUGGUGCCAAACCAGCAAAAGCGAAAGUGGAGGACCCUGCAGCAACACCCACAACUGAGGAGCUGUCAAUCAGGAUAGGUAGAGGAGGAAGUCACUUAGGCAAGCCUCCUUUCAUAAACCCAUCUUCUGCCAUUUCUUUUACAGCUCUUCAAAAAUGCUUAAAUGAGUCGAGUUCUCCUUCCAGCGUGCUGAAGCCACUCCACUUAAAGAAUUUGUUCCAAGGCGAUGAAGCGUCAACCAUUAGCGAUAAAAUAGAGAAUGGAGAUGUUCACCACAGAAGAAAAGGAAACUACUCCGGUCCAUUAGCAGAAGAGAAGGAAGUGGGCGCUAGACCAAAGGAAGUCAUUUCUCCAUCAGCAAGCAGCUGGAGACGGAUAGUGUUGUUAAUUCUGGCUAUAACCAUACACAACAUUCCUGAGGGCUUGGCUGUUGGGGUGGGUUUUGCAGCUGCUGGAAAAACCCCCUCUGCUACAUUUGAGAGUGCCAGAAACCUGGCUAUAGGCAUAGGCAUUCAGAAUUUCCCAGAAGGCCUUGCAGUGAGUCUGCCACUGAGAGGCUCUGGAUUGUCCACAUGGCGAGCCUUCUGGUAUGGACAGCUCAGUGGGAUGGUGGAGCCGGUGGCAGGGCUGCUAGGCGCGGUUGCUGUGGUGGUGGCUGAGCCAUUGCUACCCUAUGCACUGGCAUUUGCUGCAGGGGCCAUGGUUUAUGUUGUUGUUGAUGACAUCAUUCCCGAAGCUCAAGUCAAUGGCAAUGGGAAGCUGGCUUCCUGGACCUCCAUACUUGGCUUUAUUGUGAUGAUGUCACUGGACGUCGGCUUGGGAUAAAGAGCUUUUAUUCACCAGAGAUGACAGAAGGACUUUACUGGUCUUCUAAAAAGGGGCCAAAUGAACCGUCAUAUCAAAAUCAGGGUUAAUGCAUUGGAGAAUGCCUUGGAGUCUUUUACUCCUCUUUUUAUUAUUAUUUUUUAAAUUAAUAUAAAACUUGAUAAAUGAGUAAUUCAUAAAUAAAGAAAUACUUGAAUGUCACUUGAAUAAGAGGUUGUGUGAGGUUGUGGUUUGCUUAUUGCAGUUUAUCCAUUGUUUCUCUGACACAAUAUGAAGCUGGUUUGUUGAUUAAAACUCUAAAUUGUCUUCCUACAGUGAGAGUAAUGAAUCAUGGGCUGUUUACUUUUAUGUUUCUCUAAAACUACUGCAUUAUCAGAUGUUCUAAAAUUCAUGAUAUAAUGUGUAAUAUAUAAAAAAAAACCUCUUCUUUGAAAUGCUUCAUCAUUCUGCACUUCUGAAGUUACAUUCCGACUUGUGUCUCGAACUACACACACUGUUGCAGAAAUACUAAGGGUGUACUCAUUUCUUCCGCAACUGGUUUCUGAAUGUUGGUUUACUUUUUGGGAGAAAAAAAUUUUGUUGUUGUGGUCAACUGAGGUUAUUUGUGUAUAGAAGAUGGUGGGAACCAUAAAUAAUUUUUAGAUAGGGCCUCAUAAAUAAAAACCUAAAAUUGAAGGUGAUUAAUUCUUUUUCACUCAGUUAUCUAGUUAGCUUUUUGCAAAAUAAAUAAAUAAAUGAAGUAUCCCUAGUAUGCUCAAUCAACUGCUAAAAAAUGAACCAUUUACAGUAUCAUUUACAGUGCAUUAAUAAUAUGUUAGAGUUUAAUAAAGUAGUAAUAGAGUAAAGUUUUCAGCUGGUUGUGUGUCAGUAUGUAGGUGUAAGCAUGUGGAAUACUGUAAUAAGGAAAUCUGUAAUAGUUUUGCUUGGAAAUUCAUCCUAAUCUGAUAUCAAAAAAAAUUGAAGAAAUACAUUGCUUUUGAAAUUCAA